UGUUCUGCUCGCUGGAGGACCGGACCCCUACGGCUCCCUAUCCGGCAGGCCUCUGAAGACUAAACGUUGGAUCUCGUGUGGGCACACCAGCCAUUGUGGCCAAGGACAUCCGGCGGAUGGCUCAGAGUCCUCUCGGGCCUGGAGUUUCCGAAAAGACUGCAUCACCAGGAGGUUUUUCUGGGCGCUACCGAACCACUCCUUUUUGUGGCUGCCUCCAGGGGAUGAUGGCCGUGUGAGCGUCCACCAUGGCCAAUCGGAAGCGUCAGAGCACAGCGAGCAGCAUGCUAGACCACAGGGUGAGGCCGGGCCCCAUGCCCCACAGCCAGGAGCCCGAGGGUGAGGACGUGGAGCUGCCCCUGGAGGAAUAUGAGCCCCAGGGCCUGGAGCUGGCCACCCUGCGGCCGGAGAGCCCCACGCCUGUGGAGCAGGAGUGCCAUGACCACAGCCCGGACGGGGACUCCAGCUCUGACUAUGUGAACAACACCUCAGAGGAAGAGGAUUACGAUGAGGGCCUCCCUGAGGAGGAGGAGGGCAUCACCUACUACAUCCGCUACUGUCCUGAGGACGACAGCUACUUGGAGGGCAUGGACUGCAACGGGGAGGGGUACCUGGCCCACGGCGCACACCACCUGGAGACGGAUGAGUGCCAGGAGGCGGUGGAGGAGUGGACGGACUCGGCAGGCCCACACCCGCAUGGCCAUGAGGACCAAGGCAGCCCGGACUACCGAGACGGUCACCUCCCCAUCCCAGAGGACGAGUCUUCCGUCCUGGAGGCCCAGGACCAGGAAGAAGGGGUCCACUACUGUCCCAGCGAAGAGGGCUACCAGGACUACUACCCCGCAGAGGCCAACGGGAACACAGGGGGUGCGGCCCCCUAUCGCCCCCGGCGUGGGGAUGGGGAACUGGAGGACCAGGAAGAGGACAUUGAUCAGAUCGUGGCUGAGAUCAAGAUGAGCUUGAGUAUGACCAGCAUCGCCAGUGCCGGGGACACCAGCCCUGAGCACACCCUCGGGCAGGGACCUGAGCCAGCAGCUGGGGACCUCACGGAGGCCUGCCCGCCCAGCGAGGCCAGCCGAGGUCCCAGCAGGCAUGAGGGAAGGCCCAAGUCACUGAACCUCCCUCCUGAGGCCAAACACUCUGGAGACCCCCAGAGAGGCUUCAAGACCAAGAGCAGGACUCCAGAGGACAGGCCAAAGUGGCCCCAAGAGCAGGUGUGCAAUGGUUUGGAGCAGCCAAGGAAGCAGCAGAGGUCCGAUCUCAAUGGACCAGUUGACAACAACAACAUCCCAGAGACAAAGAAGGUGGCAUCAUUUCCAAGUUUUGUGGCUGUUCCAGGGCCCUGUGAACCCGAGGACCUCAUUGACGGGAUCAUCUUUGCUGCCAACUACCUGGGGUCCACCCAGCUGCUCUCAGAACGGAACCCUUCCAAAAACAUCAGAAUGAUGCAAGCGCAGGAGGCCGUCAGCCGGGUCAAGAAUUCGGAGGGGGACGCCCAGACUCUGACUGAAGUGGACCUGUUCAUCUCUACCCAGAGGAUCAAGGUGUUAAAUGCCGACACGCAGGAAACCAUGAUGGACCACGCCCUGCGGACCAUCUCCUACAUUGCCGACAUUGGGAACAUCGUGGUGCUGAUGGCCAGGCGCCGCAUGCCCCGGUCAGCCUCCCAGGAUUGCAUCGAGACCACCCCCGGGGCGCAGGAGGGGAAGAAGCAGUAUAAAAUGAUCUGCCACGUGUUCGAAUCUGAGGAUGCCCAGCUGAUCGCCCAGUCCAUUGGCCAGGCCUUCAGCGUGGCCUACCAGGAGUUCCUGAGAGCCAAUGGCAUCAACCCCGAAGACCUGAGCCAGAAGGAGUACAGCGACAUCAUCAACACCCAGGAGAUGUACAAUGAUGACCUCAUCCACUUCUCAAACUCCGAGAACUGCAAGGAGCUGCAGCUGGAGAAGCACAAGGGCGAGAUCCUGGGCGUGGUGGUGGUGGAGUCGGGCUGGGGCUCCAUCCUGCCCACUGUGAUCCUGGCCAACAUGAUGAACGGUGGCCCAGCCGCCCGCUCGGGAAAGCUGAGCAUUGGGGACCAGAUCAUGUCUAUCAAUGGCACCAGCCUGGUGGGGCUGCCCCUCGCCACCUGCCAGGGCAUCAUCAAGGGUCUGAAGAACCAGACGCAGGUGAAACUCAACAUUGUCAGCUGCCCGCCGGUCACCACCGUCCUCAUCAAGCGGCCCGACCUCAAGUACCAGCUUGGCUUCAGUGUUCAAAAUGGAAUCAUCUGCAGCCUCAUGCGAGGGGGCAUCGCGGAGCGAGGCGGGGUCCGUGUCGGCCACCGCAUCAUCGAGAUCAACGGGCAGAGUGUGGUAGCCACUGCCCACGAGAAGAUCGUCCAAGCUUUGUCCAACUCGGUUGGAGAGAUCCACAUGAAGACCAUGCCUGCCGCCAUGUUCCGGCUCCUCACAGGCCAGGAGACCCCGCUGUACAUCUAGGCCGCCCGGCCUGCACGGCCCAGCCCGCCUGGGCUCAGAGGAGCGGGGGGCCGGACUCAGGCUGACCCCUGACCCCAAAGUCCACCCAAGGACACUGGCUUCCCUGAAGGGCGUGCCCUCACCACCCACUUUUUUUUUUUUUUUGGGACCAAAAGGGGUAUGUCUUUAUCAAAAGAGUCACAGGAACCAGUCUUUGUAGACAGUCGAGUAUUUUGCCGCGUUUUGAACUCUUCUCAUUGCGACUACGAGGGUGUUUCUUUGUACUUCUGUGUGGUGUGGAGUGUGUCGUUCCUCCGAAGCCGCGGAGAGCAGACGUGGGGCUUCCGGAAGUGGCUGUGCAGGGAGCCCGGGGGGCCUGGGGUCCUGCGGGGGGAGGGUGCCCCAGCACCCCGAGGCGCUGCUCCCGCUGCUGCUUCCUCGCCAGCCCAGCUCUCAGGAUGUGACUUGUAAUUAAACUUUGGGAACAUGUGAUUGUAUUUCACGAGGGAGGAGAUGUUCCUGAGUUAAAUAAAGGAUGAUGGCCGCAAGAUCAAAACUCCCUAUUUCUUUAGAGGGUAUCACGGUUCUGACUUUUAUUUUGACAAAGCCGUUCUUCAGACUUUAGGGUUUCCAGGUGACCCGGGACCUCACCUGCUGCUCCUGGCCUGGAGUCUCUGUGGACUUACCUGGGCACAACCCCACGGGCCUCCCCACCUGCGGGCCUGCUAGCUCCUUCCCGGGCACAGGGAGAGCAGCCAGGCUCAAAGCUUCACACACAUGCAUCCACACACGCUCCCCUCCCCCAAAUGAACAGAACCCACACCAGUGAACUGGACCUCGGCCAUGCUGGGGGCGCCUGCGGUGAGCCCCAGUCACUUGGCCAGCCAGGCCCCCUCACCGUGAGCAGUAUUAGAGUGUGUGUAGAUGAAGUAAAACGUAGUCUAGUUCAGUUCAUUAGAGAUCAAUGUUAACUGACGUCAUUUUGUCUGGAAGUCUCUUUUUUUGGCCCGGGCCUUGAAGAAUACACUGUGACUUAAGAAGCCUUACCAAGCAGUAACUAAAGCUUUAGGAUUACUGUAUUCAAGGAGUGACCUGUGUGUUGCAUGCAGCCGACCUUAGGAAGACUCGCUAAUAUCUCUAAUAAACCUGAAGUCAU